ACCCAGCCCCAAACCGGAUGUUUUGACGCUAGUGGAGAAAGAAAGGUGAAAUGUAAAUUCAAAUACAUAUUUACACAUCUUCUAACAAUUUCACACAUCUUCUGAACAAUUUCGUUCAUUUAACAAAAUGCUACCUGUUGUGGACACUUUAUGCCCGUUUGUUGAAGACAGCUUUAGUCGCUUUCCAUCUCAGAGCAACAUAUACGGGCUCUGCCAAGCGGGUGACCAAGAGUUGCUGGCCGCUACACUGAAAGGGAAAGUAGUUUCUUUUAGGUACCAAGACGUCCAGCAUAAAAUCCGACCGGUGGCCAAAGAGGUGCAGUUCACGUACAUCCCAGUGGAUGCUGAGAUCGUUUCUAUCGACGCGUUCAACAAAUGUCCCCCAAACCGAGGGCUGGUCGUGGGAAUCACCUUCAUCAAGGACUCGGGCGACAAAGCCACUCCAUUCCUGAAUAUAUACUGUGACUAUGAGCCGGGGUCAGAGUUCAAUCUGGAAUCCAUUGCCCAGAGCUGCCUUAACCUGGAGCUACAGUUCACGCCCUUCCAGCUCUACCACACUGAGCUACAACAUGGGGAAGGUCUGAAAGAGACAGUGUUUCUGCUCAGUGGACAUGACCAGCGCAUACACCUCUACAAAGAGAAUGCUUCAUUGCACCAGUUUGAAGAGCAGCCAGUGGAGAGGUUCUUCCCUGAACUUAAGGACCUGCCUAGCAAUGUGUUGUGGCUGGAUGUUUUGAGUAUUGACAGUGGACGUCGUCUCACAGCCUAUGGAUGUCAGAAUGGUUGUGUUGGGCUUGCUCUUGUAGAUCAGAAAGAAACAGAAAUUCUCCAGAGUUGGCGUCUGCAGCAGGACAGUCCUGUAUCCACUGUCUUACUGUUUCCUCUGAAGCUAGCACACUAUGAUAGUAACACCAGUGAGUCUCAGGCAGAUCAACAUCAGGUGAUAGAAUACAAUCUGUUAGUUACAAGCACUAUUGAGAUGGCUGUGGUGUACAGAGAUGUGGAGCGAAGUGGUGUGAGCAGGCCAGUGUGUUUAGCAGACAGUGAUCAGUGUGACGCAGUACUGUGUGCCAUCCUUAUCGAUCUGGAUUUUGAUGGACAACCAGAGGUGUUGCUAGGAACAUAUGGACAGGACUUGCUGUGCUACAAAUUUCAGCAGUCAAUAGGAGAAACAGAGGGGCAGUUCCAGCUGCUGUGGAGACGGAGCUUCAGAAGCCCCCUGCUGUCAAUUAUUUAUCUGGACCUCACAGGGGAUGGACUUAAAGAACUAGCCGUUCUCACUAUAAAAGGACUGCACAUAUUACAGCACAGUCUCAUCAGUACAGCUGACCUUGUUCUGCAGCGAUUGGCUAACAGGGUGACGAAGCUAUCUGCUACUACCUAGGACCAGCCAAUUGCAAACCAGGAUGGUGAAUGGGUAAAAGCUUUCACCAGUAAAGGGCACAAUAGUUCAAAUGUAAAAUGGACUGAUCCAAGAAUGUGUACUAGUUUGAAUUCUCUAGAAUUAAUGUGAAUAGCCAUGUAUAGAGAAGGGAGAAGACUUUACGUAAGCCAUGGUGUCUCCAACUGUCUUCCUGGAGUUCCUUCCUGCAGACUAGCCCUGCCCCAAACACAACACACCUGUUUCAGCUAGCUCUUUAUUAGCUUUUUGUGUUGGUUUUGGGGUACAGCUAAAAAUCACUACUACUUGACAUUUGCCUAUCACUCAUUAUGAAACUGGAAAAACGUACCAACCUGCUGUUUUAUUUGUGUGUCUGUUCUAGAGGAUGUGACUGUAGGUAGUCUAUCCAGGUCCCUGUGUGUUGCUAGUUAGUGUUAGGUUCUUAAAUGAUAAUGGGCUCCAACUGAAAGCAGAGGUAAACUGGGUGUGUGUGCCUGAAGUUUCUCAAAGGCAACUGCUUGUUUAAUCCAGCUUUGUAUUUCAUGUGCAAGUGUGUCUAUAUUAUGUAUGGUGAUGAGCUUGUGCCUUUGGUUGCUGGCCAUCAUGUCAAUGUGGGGAAAAAAAUCAGAUAUUAACCAAACAACACAGACCCAACAUUGCCCACUGUAUUAUAAUGCUAUUUUUUAAAAACCAGAAACUCAGGCUGAGGCCUAUCUAAAAUCCUUCAUUAGUCAAAUUUUGAAGCACAACAACCUUACCCCUGUAUAAAUGCAUUUCAGCCAUGUUAAUUUGGCUUUUUACUGCCUUUAUUUGUUUUGAUAAAUUCAGUUUAUAAUGAUGACAGAUUAGCCUAUUAGUUUUAUAUAAAUCAAAUUAACUGAAAAAAUAAAAGUAAAAGCUGCAAUGGUACAUUUUACACUUAAAGAACUAAGAAUUGAGUGUUCAGUACUCAAUAAAAGAAAAAGACAUUACUGCA